UCAAACCCUAUAAAACCCCAUCUAUAUAACUCAACUAACCAAAAUCAAAAUUCAACGUAGGACAACGAAUUUGCCCGGUCGUUCCCGUGAACCAGCCCGACAGUUGAUGCUCUAAAUAAGCCCUUCUUGACGUUAGGCCGGCAUUAUUUUUCUUGAUCUUUCCACUGCAAUGGAAGCCGAAGAACUGAAUGCAAAGGUAGAAUUUUCUGUGGAAGCCGAAGAACUGAAUGCAAAGGUAGAAUUUUCUAUGGAAGCCGAAGAACUGAAUGCAAAGGUAGAAUUUUCUAUGGAAGCCGAAGAAGCGGAAUCAGAAGAUGCGAAAACGAAGCGGGGAAGGGCUCGUCGGAGACUCUGUGACGAUUCCGACUCGGAACCGAGUUUAUCCACAAAGACCCAGAAAUUCAAUGGCGUGGUAUUGGCAAAGGCGAUGCCUUCAUAUUGCUUGAAGCGUGGCAUAGGGAGCGCACGCCGAGACUUCACUAGUAUACGCUCUAUACACCGGAAGAAAUUGCGGCGACUACUGCAGGUGUUGCUGCGGCGGCAUAACUGGACUGAGGCGAGUGGAGUGUUGAGCGUGCUUCAUAUAGCAACUUCUAAAGAAAAUGCUAUUCGUAAGACUCGAGCUAAGUUCUCGGUAUGAACUAGCUACUCUGGAGGUUCUCAAACAUCUAAAAGGUGACUCCCUCAGUUUAAGAAAGAUCCAAAAUGUCUAUGGGAUGUGGAUGUCAAAGCUUGGGCCUAUGAAGAAAUGGCCUAUUAAGAAUAAAGUCGCAGUUCAAUUGGAACACACCGUUUUCUGUUUGACAAGGAAGGAGAUGGAUGGUGCAUAUCAAGCUGCUUUAAGUCUAAUGCAGGAGCGGGGUUUUGAGAGUGAUCCAAUUUCAAAUUUAGUUGUAGGGUUGACAUUUUAUGAGCUAUGGUAUUCCAGUCUUCCAGCAGAGAUGCAUUUGGGUAAGCAGGAAGAACUUGAAAGCAACACACAACCAGAAAUAUCACAAGAUAAUAUGUUUAUGUCAAUUGUGGAUUCAAAGUGGCAAGGUGCAUCUGAAGGGAAAAAACCCAGUUCAUUGAUAACAUGUGAUUCCAACACAUCUAUUCGGAACGAUAAAGAAUACAUUGAAGCUGGUGCUUAUAAAUGUGGAGAAGUUCACAAGGAUGUUGAAAUUAACCUUCGGGAAAUAAAGCGUGAAGAUGAUAACCAGCCACAAGAUAUCUCUUUGCACUCUGAUGAGAGGAGUGAACUUGAGAUGUCAAAUGACAGUUCUCCUCCAUCCUUUUCUAGUUACUACACUCGUGGUCUGCCGCCAUUGUUAUUGCCUAUACAAUUUCCCCAGUUGGAAAAUUUAGAGGAGUUAUAUGAUUUUCAUACGAGAUUGCGCAAUGAUCAGUAUAAUAGUGCAGUAAUGUAUCUGAGUCGUGCAUUCUCCCUAAUGCCACCAGCACUUGAAGCAUUUCAUCCUCUGGUACAGCUGCUUCUUCUUGGGGAUAAGGUUAAUGAGGCUCUUGCUAUUGUUGAAAAAAUUUCUUCCGACUCUAGUACAACUCUCCAUUUGAGACUGAAGGCUCACCUAUUAGAACAUUUUGAUAGAUACAACUAUACCAAACAUGCUACAUGCUAUGAGGACAUAUUACACAAAGACCCGACCUGUGACUAUUCAUUGGGAAAGCUCAUUAGCUUGCAUCAAAGAGGGGACUACUGCACUGAAAAACUGGCGGAAAUAAUAGCCUCAAACUUAGAUGCUACUUACGCAAAGUGCAACACGUGGAGGGAGUUUGCGUGUCUCUUGAUGAAGCUUUCUCAAGCUGAAGGGGAUACUAUGUCUGUAUGUGCUGAUGGCGGUGAUGGGCAGAAACAAAAAUCAUCGGGUUAUCUUUGUAUUUGUGUCCCAAGAAUAUUUCUUGCCCCAGAAUCUCAAAAGUCUUGGAUGCUUCGUUGCAAAUGGUGGCUUACACGCCACUUCAGAAAGAGCACACUUGUGUCUGAUAUAUCUUCAGGUGACACGGAGCUCCUCACCUACAAGGCAGCAGCAGCAUGUCAUCUGUAUGGGCGAGAUUUCGGAUACGUAGUACAGGCAAAAGAGUUCUUGGAAAAAGAAAACAAUAUGGACAUGUUGCUUACCUUGAAUAGACACGUCCACAACUCAGCUGGUUUCUAUUUAAAAAAUGUGUAAUUGUUUGUAGACGUACUGUACGCUCAAGAGUGAGAUUCUUAAGAAGGAAAAUGCUGAGUAUACAUAUAUUGUACACAAAAUCUUCAAAUAUCAAUACCGGUCAGCGCUUCUACUCCUCCACCGAGGAGCCGUUCGCAGCGAGAAACAAGGGAUGUCGUGAAUAGUGGCAAGUCAUAGAGAAUAGAAACAGGUGUUUGACCUGAUGUUCUGCGGAUCUCCAGCUCCCUUCUCUUCCGGUAUCUUAUGAUUGAAGGAAGGAUAUAUCAAAGGAGGAAGCACGGUGAGUGCAAUGGGAGUGGUGCAAACUGCAAAGGAAUGAGAAUGUGCUUAUGAUUGUCCUACCUCUCGAACCAUUCACUACCAAACAGAAAGUGCUAAAGUGCAAUAAUGCUUGAAGUACUUAAGUGCUGAUUUUAUUGAAGCCUGAAGUAAUAAAGUGAUGAUCUUAGUGAAGCUUACUGAAGUGCAAUGAGAAGAAGUUUGAGAUAUGUGUAGUAAUAAAAGUGUAGCCCGUCUUUGUAAUUGGUCUUUCUUUUGUUUGAGUAGCCUGCUUCUUCUAUAUAUAGAAAAAUUGUAAUUACAAUAUAUUCAAUUUAAAGGUUUCUAGAUUUAAAUUAAACUAAGUGACAGUCAUCUGUGUUUGAGCUUCUUUAAAGAUAGAGUUCUGUGGGUUCAUAUGGCACUACUAAAAGAUAGAGUUUUGUGGGUUGCAGAUGUCUGGUAUAGAUGACGGUGGCGGCGAUACAAGUGUUUCGUGAAUGAUCAGCGAUAUAAGUGUUUCGUGAAUGAUCAACGGUGUUUGAUAUAUAUCAUCUAUAUAUAGUUGAUUUUUAAUUUCUUUAUUGUUGAUAGAUUCCCCCUUUUUUAUGAUGCUCUGAAUU